CAGCAGCACUGCGCAUGCGUCGCGCUGGUAUGCUGUAUGAAGACCUUCAUUCUUCUUGCAACGGCGGCGGGAGUGAUGGUCGCGUUCCUGGCACUGCGGCUGUGGACUGUCCUGCAUUCCCGGGUCGCGGAGCCCUUGCGGGACUCUCUCAGGCUCUUGGUGGUGGCUGGGUCUGGUGGACAUACCACGGAGAUCCUAAGACUGCUUGGGAGUUUAUCAAAUGCUUACUCUCCUAGACACUAUGUCAUUGCUGACACAGAUAAAAUGAGUACUCAGAAAAUAAACACCUUUGAACAAAACCGAGCCAAUAAAGACUCCAGUACCGAGUUUCCAAAGUACUGCAUUCACCAUAUUCCAAGAAGCCGCGAGGUCAAGCAAUCCUGGCUCUCCACAGUGUUUACCACUUUGUACUCCAUGUGGUUUUCCUUUCGCUUGAUUCUGCAUGUGAAGCCAGAUCUGGUGUUGUGUAAUGGCCCAGGAACAUGUGUUCCUAUCUGCAUAUCUGCACUUCUCCUGGGGAUCCUGGGAAUAAAGAAAGUCAUCAUUGUCUACAUUGAAAGCAUCUGCCGAGUCGAAAAUUUAUCCCUGUCCGGAAAGAUUCUGUUUCACCUUUCAGAUCACUUCAUUGUUCAGUGGCCAGCUCUUAAGGAGAAAUAUCCCAAAUCUGUGUACCUUGGGCGAAUUGUCUGACAAAUGACAACCUAUCUAGAAUUUUGCCACCAACAAUGUUUUUAUUAUUUGGGGGUGUUUAUUAGAAAACUGGGGGGUGGAGUAAUAGCACAAUUGAUAAGGCGUUUGCCUUGCAGGCAGUCGACCUAGGACAGACCUGGGUUUGAUCCCCAGCUUCCCAUAUGGUCCCCCAAGCCUGCCAGGAGAUAUUUCUGAGCACAGAGCCAGGAGUAACCCCUGAGAACUGCCAGG